AUGGCGACGACCUCCUCCUCCAGCACCCCCCCGCCCGCCCCUCUCUCUGUGGCGGCCCAGGUGCCCUUCCUCCACCUGUGCACCACCUUGGAGAAGAUCCAGAAAUGCAAACUGCGCCCGGACAAGUCCAGGUUCCUCCGGGACUUCAUGGAUUCUUGGCGUAAGUUCCACGACGCCCUCCACAAGGGCCUGCCCACCGCGGACUCCUUCUACCCGGCCAUGCGCCUCCUGGUUCCCUCCUUCGAGCGGGAGCGGGUGGCCUACGGCAUCAAGGAGAACAUGCUGGCCAAGCUCUUCAUCGACGUGCUGGGCCUCCCCAAGAACGGCCCAGAGGCCGACAAGCUGCUGAACUACCGCGCCCCCACCUCCGCCCAGGGCGAGGCGGGGGACUUUGCCAGCAUGGCCUACUUCGUCCUGAAGAAGCGCUGCGCCGGUCAGCAGAGCCUGUCCGUCAAGGAGGUCAACGACUUCCUGGACUCGGUGGCGGCCAACAACGCCAGCAAGCAGAAGGAGCGCGUGCGGAGCAGCCUGCUCCACCUCAUCACGCAGAGCUCGGCGCUGGAGCUGAAGUGGCUGAUCCGCAUGAUCCUGAAGGACAUGAAGCUGGGCAUCAGCAAGGAGACGGUGCUGCAGGCCUUCCACCCCGACGCCAGCGAGCUGUACAACGUCAGCGCCGACCUGGACAAGGUGUGCCGCACGCUGCACAGCCCCGAGACGUCGCUCAGCGAGGCGUGCGUGGCCGUCUUCUCGGCCUUCAAGCCCAUGCUGGCGGCGGUGGCCGACGUGCGGCAGAUCGAGCGGCGCAUGCGCCACGGCGUGUUCUUCCUCGAGACCAAGCUGGACGGCGAGCGCAUGCAGCUGCACAAGGACGGCGACGUGUACAAGUACUUCACGCGCAACGCCUUCGAGUACACGCAGCAGUUCGGCGCCUCGCCGCGGGAGGGCUCGCUGACGCCGCACGUGCACGGGGCGUUCGCGCCGCACGUGGUCAGCUGCAUCCUGGACGGCGAGAUGAUGGCGUACCACCCGACCACGGAGGCCUUCAUGCAGAAGGGCAGCAAGUUCGACAUCAAGCGGCUGACGGACGACUCGGAGCUGCAGACGUGCUACUGCGUGUUCGACGUGCUGCUGGUGAACGGCCGCAAGUUCAGCAAGGAGACGCUGCGGACGCGGGACGAGGCGCUGCAGACGGUGUUCGAGCCCGUCAAGGGCCGGAUCCACCUGGUGGCCAAGACGGAGGCCCAGACCACGCAGGAGGUGGUCAACGCCCUCAACGACGCCAUCGACCAGCGCGAGGAGGGCAUCAUGGUGAAGGACCCGCAGUCGCAAUACAAGCCCGACAAGCGAGGCGAGGGCUGGCUGAAGCUGAAGCCCGAGUAUGUGGACGGCCUGAUGGAUGAGCUGGACCUGCUGAUCGUGGGCGGCUACUGGGGCAAGGGGCGCCGCGGCGGCAUGAUGUCCCACUUCCUGUGCGCCGUGGCCCAGGCGCCCUCACCCGGCGAGCAGCCCAGCGUCUUCCACACGCUCUGCCGCAUCGGCUCGGGGUACACCAUGCAGGAGCUGUACGAGCUGGGCCUCAAGCUGGCCAAGCACUGGAAGGUGUACCGCAAGAACGACCCGCCCCCCUCCAUCCUGUGCGGCACGGAGCGUCCCGAGGUCUACAUUGAGCCGCGCCACUCGGUCAUCGUGCAGGUGAAGGCGGCGGAGAUCGUGGGCAGCGACAUGUACAAGACCAACUGCACGCUGCGCUUCCCCCGCAUCGAGAGGAUCCGCGACGACAAGGAGUGGCACCAGUGCAUGACGCUGUCGGAGCUGGACCGCUUCCGCCACCGCGCCUCGGGGAAGCUGGCGUCGCGGCACCUGCAGCUGGACGGGGACGGCGGCGGCGGCGGCGGCAGCGACGGGCAGCCGGACAAGAAGAAGAAGAGGAAGGCGGCGGCGGCGGCGGCCAAGCCUCGCAGGGUGGUGGGGCUCCUCGACCACUUCAGGCCCCAGGACCUGUCGGCGGUCACCAAGGAGACGGAUAUGUUCGAGGAGGUGGAGUUCUGCGUGCUGAACGGCAGCGAGGAGGACCCCAAGGCCGAGCUGGAGAAGGGCGUGGCCAGGUGCGGCGGUGUGGUCGUCCAGAACCCGGGCCCCGACACCUACUGUGUGAUCGCCGGCGUGGAGAACAUGCGCGUGCGCAACCUGACGCUGGCCGACACCCACGACGUGGUGCGCGCCGACUGGCUCCGCGCCUGCCUGGACGGCGGGCGCGUGGUGCCGUGGCAACCGCGCCACAUGAUCCACAUGACACCGGCCACGCGCGAACACUUCGCCAAGGAGUACGACGCGCACGGCGACAGCUACUUCGCCGACACGGACGAGCGGCAGCUGCGCGAGGUGUUCGCCCGCAUCGGCGAGGGGGCGGAGCCUGUGGACCCGGGGCAGGUGGAGGAGCGCUACGGGUGGACGGACCUCCCCUCUAGCAUGUUCCGCCAGUGCCGGGUGUACGUGGACCGUCAUGCCGACCUAGGACGGCCCGACCCAAAGGCGGCGGCGGGCGCAGAGGCGGCGGGCUACCCAACGCUCUGCCUGGAGACCAGGGAGCUGGAGCUGCGUUACCACGGCGCCACGGUGGUGGGCGAGCUGGAGGAGGGCGUGUCCCACGUGCUGGUCGCCGAGGAGGCCAGGCUGCUGGACCUCCGGACGCUGAGGCGGCUGUUCAAGAAGAAGUUUAAGAUCGUGAGGGAGGCGUGGGUGAGGGAGUCGGUGGAGGCGGGCUUCCUUCAGGACGACGGGGAGUAUCUGGUGUGAUGGAUGGGUCGUCGUCAGGGCGACGCACCGGAAGAGGAUGUCUUUGAGCACUGCUUUAUAAUGCUCGGUGGAUUGGGAUUUUGCUAGGUAGCACUUAGCCAUAUGUUUAUCUGUGUUUGUUUUGCACUUUGUGAGAAUCAGCCUCACAAGUUUCCUCUGCUUGGACGGCUGACAGUAGACAAGUUGAAGCUUGUCGGAAGAUCUUAAGAAAUGAGACGAAAGUUGCAGUGCAGUUGGAGCGCCCGUUUGCCGAAUGAAAAAACAAUGUUUUCUGUUUUAAGGAUAGCUUUUAUAUAUCAUCCAUCAUUAAUGUCUAACCUUUGAUUUCAAGUGCUUUGUUAAAUGGGGCCAUUGGGGAUGUGGGUGUCCAUUGAUAGUUUUUAGAGGAGUUACUUCACCUUGACUUGUGUCUUACCACUUUGAAGGAGAUGAAUAGAAACCAAACUAAUGCCCAAAGCAUGGAAUUCACUGUCGAAGGAAGGAAGGCUUAUUUUAUUCAGCCCUUUUUAUAUAAUAAGUCCUUUUAGUCAGCUGUAACAGAUAGGUUAGAUGGCCAUACACAACAUGAAUCAUGUGUGAGUCAGACACAAAUCACACCACGGUCUUCUAUUGGUAUCAUAUCUUAUUUCUUGAUUUCCUUGGUUUUAAUGAUAUAAACGAAUAAAUGUAAUUUUAAAUAUGA